AUGAACUUCGACUUACCACCUGACCUCCAGGAGUACAUAGACAAGUUGGACAGCUUUAUACAACAGCAAAUCCUCCCGCUUCAACACAAAGGUGACAAUAAUAGAUUCUUCGACCACAGGCGGGAGCCGUCACGGACACAAUGGGAUAACGGAGGGCUCCCGACUCCCGAAUGGGAAGAGCUCCUGACACAAGCGCGCAAGUUGGCGGAUGAAGCUGGCUUUUACCGCUUCCCCAUCCCCAAACAGUACGGUGGCCAAGAGCACCCUUCGAUGAACCUUUGGAUGUGUGGUCUGAGAUAUCAUAUGGCCUCCCAUCCCGUCUACGGAGGUGGUGUCAGCCUGGCCAACGAUCUCCAGAACGAGCACAGUGUAGUUGGCAACUUUCCUGAUUUCCUCAUGAUCUACCACUGGGGCAAUGAGCAGCAGAAGGCCGAGCUCAUUCCGGCACGGUUAGCAGGUCGCUUCAGGAUGACCUUUGGUCUGACAGAGAUCCAUCACGGCAGCGAUGCGACGCACAUGGACACCAAGGCCACCCCGUGUAAGCUGCCGGAUGGGUCACCAGGGUACAGCAUCACAGGCAACAAGAAAUGGCAGACCGGAGCGCACUCGGCCACCCACUUCUUGAUCUUCGCUAGGACAUCUGGAAAAGCGGGCUCGCCGCGCGGGAUUACAGCAUUCAUAGUCCCACGCGACACACCAGGCAUUGUGAUCAACUCCUAUGAGUACACCUUGAACAUGCCCACGGACCACGCGACUAUACUAUUUGACGAUGUCAAGGUGCCAGCAUCGGGAGUGCUUGGCCCGCUGGACAAUGGCCUGGCCAUAGCGCAGACCUUCACCCAUGAGAACCGGAUCCGGCAAGCUGCCAGCUCGUGUGGUGCCGCCAAGUUCUGUAUCGACCGUUCCAUCGCCUAUGCCCGGAAACGUGUCGUGUUUGGAAAGCCGUUGUCUUCCAACCAGGCUAUCCAGUGGCCGUUGGUAGAGCUUUCUACCCAGGCCGAGAUGCUUCGCCUGCUCAUUCUGCGCACGGCCAACGAGAUGGAUACUGUGCAGCGCAAGUACGACGGGCACGCGGGCGCGACGUCGAUGCCGCCCUGGGUUGCGAUUGAGAAGCAGCUGGGGCACAAGAUCAGCAUGUGUAACUACUACGCGAACCGGUUGGCGACCCAGGCUGCCGACAAUGCGAUUCAGGUGCAUGGCGGCAACGGGUACAGUAGACAUGAGCCGUUUGAGCACAUCUGGCGCCACUUCCGGCGGUACAGGAUCACGGAGGGAAGCGAGGAGGUGCAGAUGCGCAAGGUGGCGGGAUAUCUGUUCGGAUACAAGAGCACCGGAGCUGAGACUGAAGGGAAAGAUGGACAAAAGGAGAGCUCCAAGUUAUAG